AUGUCUGGCGCCCUCCCUGGGGCCCUCGCAGGGGCAGUAGCACCUAAAGGGCUAUCCCAAGGGUGUCGGUGCCCCCAAGGGCCCUUCCAAGGGCAAAGACGCUCCCAGGGGCCCGCCAAGGGAAAGCAGCGACCCAAGGGGCCCUUCCAUUGGGUCGGUGCACCCAGGGGACCUCCUAGGGGCGGUGGCGCCCCAAACCUCAUUUCCAGUGGCGUCGGCGACUCCAGGCAUUCUCCAGCGGCAGUGGCGAUGUCUGGCGCCCUCCCUGGGGCCCUCGCAGGGGCAGUAGCACCAAAAGGGCUAUCCCAAGGGUGUCGGCGUCCCCAAGGGCCCUUCCAAGGGCAAAGACGCUCCCAGGGGCCCGCCAAGGGAAAGCAGCGACCCAAGGGGCCCUUCCAUUGUCAGCAGCGAAUCCAGAGUCAUUCCCAGUGGCGUCAGAACAUCGAGAGGCUUUCCCAGGGGGGUCGGUGUGCCCAGGGGACCUCGCAGGGGCGCUGGCGCCCCAAACCUCAUUUCCAGUGGCGUCGGCGACUCCAGGGAUUCUCCAGCGGCAGCGGCGAUGUCUGGCGCCCUCCCUGGGGCCCUCGCAGGGGCAGUAGCACCAAAAGGGCUAUCCCAAGGGUGUCGGCGCCCCCAAGGGCCCUUCCAAGGGGGGCUACAGGAGCAGUGCUCCCUGGUCCCACCCAUUUCUCUAAUAAGACGCUGCGCUCCCGAGUGCUCUCCCAGGGGUCGGUGUGCCCAGGGACCUCCCAGGGGCGGUGGCGCCCCAAACCUCAUUUCCAGUGGCGUCGGCGACUCCAGGGAUUCUCCAGCGGCAGCGGCGAUGUCUGGCGCCCUCCCUGGGGCCCUCGCAGGGGCAGUAGCACCAAAAGAGCUCUCCCAAGGGUGUCGGCGCCCUCAAGGGCCCUUCCAAGGGCAAAGACGCUCCCAGGGGCCCGCCAAGGGAUAGCAGCGACCCAAGGGGCCCUUCCAUUGUCGGCAGCGAACCCAGAGUCAUUCCCAGAGAUCGCUGCUGCCCCUAGGAGGGUCCCAGGAGUCGCCGACGCCACUGGAAAUGCAGUUUGGGGCGCCACCGCCCCUGGGAGUCUCCCAGGGCGCACCGACCCCUGGGAGAGCACUCGGGAGGGCCGCACCUUAUAA